UCCUACCCGCCAACAGCCAAUCUUCAAAAGUUUUUGUUUACAAAACACGUUUAGCAGGUCCGUUUAAAAAAAAUAAAAAUGAAAUUCCAACUAUUUUCACUCUUCCACUCUAACAUUUUCUUUAAUGCAAGCUGAGAUCAAUCAAGAACAGAGAUCAAAAUCGAGAAAAAAGAAAGGAUAAUCUCUGCAUUGUCUCUGAAUCUUGUAUCGUUUGAGUUUAGAAAGUUGUAGAAGAAGGUGCUUUGAGCAUUUGGAGCUAGGACAGUAUUGGCCUUUAGGUUCUGUGUGUUUUUGGUAUUAGCUAAUAGUUGAAGAAUGUUGAUUUACCUUCUCAGCAAUUUACUAUUGUCGUAAGCUCAUGGAGGAAAGUGUCAGCAAGGGAGCAUCGUCACUAAGGCAAGGUGGUUUUAAGUCCAGUUUAUCAGGAAGAUCAACCCCAAGGAAUUUUCCUACAUUUCGGAGAUUGAUUUCAAGCUGGACUCCAAGAAAAGAAGCUAGAAAUGGUACUGGUGGCAUUCAGUGGUUUAGGAGCAACCGCUCAGUGUAUUUGCUGCUUUUGAUUGCCUUUUGGGCUUAUCUUGGGUUUUAUGUCCAAUCCUGGUGGGCUCACGGUGAUAACAAAGAGGAAUUUUUGGGUUUCAGUGGUGAUCCAAGAAAUAAGCUUGUGGAUCCUGAACUGAACACACGACGAGAUUUGCUUGCUGAUGACAGUUUAGUUGCAGUGAGAAAUGGAACUAAUAAACCUCAGGUCUAUAGUGACAGAAAGUUUGAUGUGAUUUUGGCAAAGGGAAAUAACAUUUCAUCUAGGAAGAAAAGGAGUCAAAGAGCUAGAUUUAGUUUGCACAAGAUGCAUGUUAAACCGAAGGCAACAAUGAACAUGGAAAAUGGUGACGCCGAGGGGCAAGAACAGGCAUUUCUGCUGAAAAAUUCUACUUAUGGAUCAAUUGUUGGUCCAUUUGGGCCAUUGGAGGACAGGGUUUUGGAGUGGAGCCCUGAAAAGCGGUUUGGAACAUGUGAUAGCAAGGGGGACUUUGCUCAGUUUGUUAGGUCUAGAAGAUUAGUGUUGGUAUUUCACGAACUAUCCAUGACCGGGGCUCCCAUUUCAAUGAUGGAGUUGGCAACAGAGCUUUUGAGCUGUGGAGCCACUAUAUCUGCUGUGGUUCUAAGUAAGAAGGGAGGACUGAUGUCUGAACUUGCAAGGAGAAGGAUCAAAGUCAUUGAAGAUAGAGCAGAUUUUAGCUUCAAAACUGCUAUGAAGGCAGACCUUGUGAUUGCAGGAUCAGCAGUCUGUGCUUCAUGGAUUGAUCAAUAUAUAGCUCAUUUCCCAGCUGGAGGAAGUCAAAUCGCUUGGUGGAUUAUGGAAAACAGAAGGGAAUACUUUGACCGGUCAAAGCAUGUUCUACACCGGGUGAAAAUGCUUAUGUUCUUAUCUGAAUUGCAGAGUAAACAGUGGCUUAACUGGUGUCAAGAAGAAAAUAUCAAGUUGAGAUCUCAGCCUUCUAUUGUUCCACUUGCUGUUAAUGAUGAGCUGGCUUUUGUUGCUGGAAUCCCUUGUUCUCUAAACACUCCAUUGGCUAGCCCAGAAAAGAUGAUCGAGAAAAGGCGGUUAUUACGAGAUGCAGUAAGAAAAGAGAUGGGUUUGAAAGAUAGUGAUAUGCUUGUGAUGUCUCUAAGUAGCAUAAAUGCUGGAAAGGGCCAACUCUUGCUACUUGAGUCAGUAAACCUUAUGAUUGAUCAGGAUCCUCUGGGAACUGGUUCUCAAGUUAAAAAAACAUUGGAUAUAAGGCUAGAUGAGUCAGCCUUGGCUAGAAAACAUCAUUUAAGAGGUUUGGUUAAAAAAUCAUGCAAUGCUGAUGCAUCUUGUACAAAUUUGAUGUUUGACAGCAGAAGAAAACAGGAACAAGCUGUAAAAAUCCUCAUCGGUUCUGUUGGAUCUAAAAGCAACAAGGUACCUUAUGUUGAAGCAAUUCUACGGUUCUUGUCUCAGCAUCCAAAGUUGUCAGAGUCCGUACUCUGGACUCCGGCAACUACACGUGUCUCAUCACUAUAUGCAGCAGCAGAUGUUUACGUGAUGAACUCCCAGGGAGUAGGAGAAACAUUUGGCAGAGUGACUGUUGAAGCAAUGGCAUUUGGUGUUCCGGUGUUAGGCACGGAUGGUGGGGGCACAAAAGAGAUAGUGGAGCAGAACGUGAGUGGGCUAUUUCACCCAAUGGGCCGUGCAGGCAACUGGCUCCUUGCUGAAAAUCUGAGGUAUAUGCUGAAAAACCCGACAGCAAGGAAGCAAAUGGGGAAGGACGGACGUAAACAGGUAGGAAAACGGUAUCUGAAGCGGCAUAUGUACGGGAGAUUGGUAGAGGUUUUAACCAGGUGUAUGAGACGCCAAGUUGCUUCCUCUCGUUCUUUAAUUGGUUUUUGAAUCAAUGCAAAAUACUGAAGAUUCCCCAAUCUAAUUCAUUUGAUUGAUUUCUCUAAUUUCUCCCUUUUUGUAUUAGAACUGAAAAUGGUUUCAUUCAACCAGGAUUCAUUUUAAUAUAGUUUUAAAGUAGAAGCAUAAAAAAUAACAUUAUUUUUAAUGUGAUUUUGUAAAAACUUUCGGUUUUUUAAGUGUUUCCAAUGGAGGUUUUAAUAGAUGUUGCAACAUAAGAAA